UCCCGUUGUGUGGGUGUGCGUGCGUGCGUGGUUGUAAGGUUUCUCCAGGCUGCAGUUUAGGGCUCGUUCCUGUACUGCCUCCUGCUGAAUGAAGCUCCGGCCUGGCUGAAGUCGUCUAAGCACUGCUCCAUUCAGCUCCUCCCUGUGGAGACACCAUGUCCUCCUCUUCCUCCUGCUCCUCUUCAGGGGAGACCAGCCCUGACGAUCUGCCCCGUGGUGGGGGCACCAUCAGAGUCUACCUCCCCAACAAGCAACGCACAGUGGUGAAUGUGCGACCAGGACAGACGGUUUACGAAAGCUUGGAUAAAGCCCUUAAAGUACGUGGACUGAGUCAAGAUUGCUGUGCGGUUUUUAGACUGCUCGAGGGUCGUAAGAGACUGACAGAAUGGAACACUGACAUCACGCCCCUGGUGGGGGAAGAGCUGCUGGUGGAAGUGCUGGACGAUGUUCCUCUGACCAUGCACAACUUUGUUCGUAAAACCUUCUUUAAGUUAGCGUACUGUGACUUCUGCCACAAGUUUCUGUUCAAUGGCUUCAGGUGUCAGACAUGUGGCUACAAAUUCCACCAGCACUGCAGUAGCAAAGUGCCUACAGUGUGUGUGGACAUGGAAACGAUGACAAAACGGUGUGGCCCUGCGGAAGAUGAUCCUCAGAUCCCCAUACUGAUGAUGCCCGAGACCAAUUCCAUAUCACAGAGUGACAUUGCCUUAACACCAGAGCCUGCCAGCCUGGACCUUCUGUCCCCGACCUCUGCGUUCCGUUUUCCGAUGCCUGGCGCGGACGGCCAGUCCCUACAAAGGCACCGCUCCACCUCCACUCCCAACGUCCACAUGGUCAGCACGCUGGGGCCGGGAGCUGCUGGCAUCAUCGAGGAGGCAUUAAAAACCAACAACACAAUGGGCCCGGAGCCCUCCCCCAAGCCUUCCACCAGCCCCCCUCAGAUGGGCUCCCCUGGUCGCAGGACGCCCAAAUCUCCCUCAGACCCAAAGGAGCGUAAGCCCUCCUCAUCCUCAGACGACAAAAAGAAAGUGCAUCGCGGCGGCUACAGGGAUUCCAGUUACUACUGGGAGGUCCACUCUCGAGAAGUCACGAUACUGAAGCGAAUCGGCACCGGCUCGUUCGGGACGGUCUUUAAAGGCAAGUGGCACGGGGACGUCGCCAUCAAGAUCCUCAAAGUGACGGAACCCACGCCAGAACAGCUACAGGCGUUCAAAAACGAAAUGCAGGUUCUACGAAAGACACGCCACGUGAACAUCCUCCUGUUUAUGGGCUUCAUGACGAAGCCCAACUUCGCCAUCAUCACUCAGUGGUGUGAAGGCAGCAGCUUGUACCGCCAUCUUCAUGUCACAGAGACCAAGUUUGACACCAUGCGCCGAAUCGACGUGGCCAGACAGACUGCCCAGGGCAUGGAUUAUCUGCAUGCUAAGAAUAUCAUUCAUCGAGACCUGAAAUCCAACAAUAUCUUUCUGCAUGAGGGUUGGACGGUGAAGAUCGGUGAUUUUGGUUUGGCAACGGUGAAAUCGCGCUGGAGCGGCUCUCAGCAGGUCGAGCAGCCCAGCGGAUCCAUUUUGUGGAUGGCCCCAGAGGUGAUCCGGAUGCAGGACACUAAUCCGUACACUUUCCAGUCAGACGUUUACGGAUACGGUGUGGUUCUGUUCGAGCUCAUGUCUGGAACGCUGCCUUACUCCAACAUCAAUAACCGGGAUCAGAUAAUCUUCAUGGUGGGACGAGGGUAUCUGUCUCCAGACCUCAGUAAACUCUACAGCAACUGCCCCAAAUCCAUGAAGAGGCUCAUCAUCGACUGUCUCAAAUUCAAACGGGAUGAACGACCCCUCUUUCCACAGAUUCUGGUGGGUAUCGAGCAGGUCCAGGACCUGUUGCCAAAAAUUGAGAGGAGUGCCUCGGAACCGUCUCUGCACCGCGCCGUGCACGCUGAGGACUUGAACCCGCUCCUGUUCCACACCACCCGCCUCAUGCCCCUGUGACCUGAACAUUGACCCCACCCCACCCCCCCAAACAACCCCCUGAAUUCUGGCAUUCCGGCACCGUGUUUCCCAAAUACUGCCCCACAGUCUAAACAUUCCUCUCUGACCCCCUGACAUCGCCCAGGUGACGUUUGACUCCUGCAGGUGAUGUCU